ACGUCAAAUUCGCGCGACUCCAAAAUACACGUGUAGCCUCAUCCGAGCAGCGAGACACUGGAAGAGGUGUCUAAAAACUGCUCAAAAACUGUUCACUUACAACAGAAAUCAUGGGUAAAAAACUCAAAGUCGGAAAAACGAGAAAGGACAAAUUCUAUCAUCUCGCGAAAGAAACAGGAUAUCGAUCCAGAUCAUCGUUUAAGCUCAUUCAACUCAAUCGCAAGUUCCAGUUUCUCCAAAAAGCUCGAGCUUUGGUGGAUCUGUGUGCGGCUCCAGGUGGAUGGUUGCAGGUGGCAUCAAAGUUUAUGCCCGUGUCCAGUCUUAUUAUUGGUGUGGAUCUGGUCCCGAUCAAACCCAUCCCAAAUGUCGUCACCCUUCAAGAAGACAUCACAACUGAAAAAUGCAGACAGGCUCUCAGGAAAGAACUGCAGACGUGGAAGGUGGACGUGGUUCUCAACGACGGUGCACCAAACGUCGGUGCCAACUGGCAACAUGACGCCUUUUCUCAAGCUAACCUUACCCUGAUGGCCCUCAAACUCGCCUGUGAGUUUCUCAACAAGGGCGGGACGUUUAUCACCAAGGUUUUCCGGUCUAAAGACUAUCAGCCUCUCAUGUGGAUCUUCCAGCAGUUCUUCAAGAAGGUCCAGGCCACCAAACCGCAGGCUUCCCGUAACGAAUCGGCUGAGAUCUUUGUCGUCUGUCAAAGUUUUGUGGCUCCGGAUAAAAUCGACAACAAGUUCUUCGACCCCAAGCAUGCUUUUAAAGAGGUUGAUGUGCAAGUAAAAACCGUCAAAGAGCUGAUUACGACAAAAAAGCCUAAGGCUGAAGGAUACAAUGACGGCGAUCUUACGUUGUAUCACACUUUCUCAGUAACUCAGUUCUUAAAAGCCGAGAACCCUGUAGACUUUCUGAGCAAAGCCAAUGCGAUAACCUUUGAUAGCCCAGAGCUGGAAUCCCAUCCCGUCACUUCAUCUGAAAUCAAAGAAUGUUGUCGCGACGUUAAGGUCUUGGGUCGAAAGGAAUUGCGGUUGCUGUUGUCUUGGCGGUCCAAGCUGAGAAGAUUCCUGGCUAAAAAACUGAAGGAAGCCAAAGAGCCGGGCCAGGAAAUCAACUUGAGCUCCGGUGAAGAAGAGAGCGAUACCGACGAGAAGCAAAGCAAGAAAAAGGUCGCCGCGAAAGACGACGAGCAGGAUAAAGGAGAGGAAGAUGAGGAAGAGGAAAUGGAAAAGAAGCUGGCCGAGUUGAAAGCCGAAGAGAUUGCGGAGCUCAGACGGAAAAAGAAGAAGCUAUUAAAAGAUAAAAGAAAACAGAGAGAAAGGGUGGAGCUUAAGAUGGACCUUCCUGGAGUCUCCAUAGCCGACGACAACGAUUCAUCAAUGUUUUCCCUCAGCACCAUCAAAAAGGCACAGGGUCUCAGUGAAAUCACUCUGGGUGAUAUGAAAGGAGCUGAUGCCCUGUUAGACGACAACGAGGAAGAUUUGUAUUUCUCCGAUUCUGAAGAGGACAGGGUGUCCCUGGCGUCUGACCUGGACUCGGAUGACCUUGAGGAAAUUGAGAAGAAAGAGCAAGAAAUUAAGAAAGCGGCUCCCAAGAAGAAAAGCGUGUCAUUCACCGCUGAAGAGAAAGACGAUGGGGACGAAAAUGAAUUACUGGUCCCCCUCGAAGGAAAAGAUGAGAAGAAGGAACGAGAGACCGACAUGUGGUUCAGCAAGGGCAUCUUUGCUGAGUUGAAGUUAAACGACGACAAAGACGCCAUGAAGGAACUGAAACAGACUCAGCUACUACACAGCGGUCAGUCCGGACCGUCAGGAAAAGGCAGAAAGAGGAAGGCUGAGGAAGAGGAUGAACACAAAGAGGAAGUGGCCGCUCCAUCACAGGAAGUGGAGAAGAUGGCAGAUAAAGACAGCAGCGACAGCGACUCUGAUGAUGAUAGCAGCGAUGAUGAAACUGAGAUCGCGCAGAUGAAAAAUGCCGCUGCUGGUAUGAUUGGGCCGGGCAACGAUGACGAAUUUCAAGUCGUUCCAGUUGAAAGCACAAGUAAGCGAGCUCGAAUUCUUGACGCAGAGGGUCUGGCGCUCGGUGCCCAGAUCGCCACUUCCAAAAAAAGAAUGCGAGACGUGAUUGACGGCUCGUUCCACAGAUAUGCAAACUCUGAAGACAUGACAGAAGUUCCGGCCUGGUUUGUUGACGAUGAAGUUAAGCACAGGAAAAGACCCGUUCCCGUCACCAAAGAAAUGGUGGAGGAAUAUAAGCAGAAAUGGCGGGAAAUCAACGCCCGUCCCAUCAAGAGAGUCGCAGAGGCCAAAGCUCGCAAGAAGAGAAGGACGUUGAAGAAGAUGGAACAGGCCAAGAAAAAGGCAGAAGCUGUCGUGAACACUGUGGACAUUUCAGAGCGAGAGAAAAUGGCUCAGCUCAAAAGCAUCUACAAAAAAGCAGGAGUUGGUAAAGAAAAGCGAGAAGUCACGUACGUGGUGGCCAAGAAGGGCGCCGGACGCAAAGUACGCCGCCCGGCCGGGGUAAAAGGCGCUUUCCGCGUGGUGGACAGCAGGAUGAAGAAAGACAUGCGGGGGAUGCAAAGGAAAGAACAGAGGCAAGGCAAAGGUGGGAGGGGCCAGAAAAAAGGGCGUGGCAUGAAGGCAGGAAAAGGACGUCCACAUAAGAAAUAAUGGACUUUAUGAUGUCACCUCUGUGAUAUCAAUUCUUACUGUAUUGUACAGUAGAAAUGUACGUCAGGUCUUCUUACAGAUUAUCGUAAGACUUUGUUGCUGACAGCUUCAGCUCGGACUCUGAAAUCGUUGACCAAUCAGAACUGUUUCAGCAUUGUGCUAAUGCUGUGUGUAUUGAUUUUCAACAUAUUGUUUAUGCAAUAUGAACCUCGUAAUGUUUUGAUUAUAUUGAAAUAUAUGUAAAAUGUUUCUGCUUGGAUUGUUAGUGAUGUUUUGAAUAAACACAUCAGAAUUGA